GUACGGCCGUGUGGCGGUGGAGUCCAACUCGGAUUGCGUCAAGUCGGCGUCGCGGGAGGGCUUCGGCGGGAACGCCGGCCUUCCGGAUGCCAAGCCGCCCUUCGGAUGCGGGGCGACAUCGCCCGCGACGCAUUUGCGGAAUGUCUUCGGGAAGAAGAUGGGCUUCACAGACCAGCAGAUCGUGGCGCUCUCGGGAGCGCACACGAUUGGCCGAGCCUUCAAGGAGCGCAGCGGUACUUGCCCCUUCGGCUACAGCAACGCGGGAGCCUCGAAGUACACGAACACCGACUGCGUGGUGCGGAAGGACAAGAAAUCUGGUGUUGGAAUGGCGGGCGGUGCGGCCUGGACGAAGAACUGGCUGACUUUCGACAACAGCUACUUCAAGGACUACAAGUCGAAGGACGACCACCUCCUCUGGUUCCCGACAGACCAGGCCCUCCAUGAGGAUCCCGAGUUCAAGAAGUCUUUCGACCUGUAUGCCCAGGACCAGGAUGCCUUCUUCAGGGACUACGCAGUGGCUCACAAGAAGUUGAGCGAGCUGGGCGCCAAAUGGGAGCCGGCGGGCGGCGUCAAGAUUUGA